AUGUCGCUCGCCCACCACCUCUUCACGCUCUCGCCCUUCGAGUGGCACGCCGACGACUCGCCGGCCGCCGCUCCGGCGCACAGCAAGGCCGGCGAGCACGGCCUGCAGCGUGCCGGCUCCUUCUUCCACCCCACGCACGUGCGCGGCCCGGCUAUGGACGUGCACGAGCUCAAGGACCAGUACGUCGUCGAGCUCGAGCUGCCCGGCGUGCGCAAGGAGGACGUCAAGCUCGAGGUCGACGAGAAGCACCGCCGCGUCUCCAUCGCCGGCACGCUCAAGGCCGAGCACCAUGUCGAGGAGCCCGCCGCGGCCGCCGACAAGACGGCGGCGCCCAAGGACAACGGCGCCAAGGGCAACGGCAACGAGAAGAAGGACGGCAAGCACGUGGCCAAGCAGGCCGCCGAGCCGCGUCCCCGCGUGCUCAUCUCCGAGCGCGCCUUUGGCAGCUUCCAGCGCUCGUUUACGCUCCCGCAGGCCGCCGACCUGAGCGACAUCCACGCCGCCUUCGCGGACGGCGUGCUGCGCAUCAACGUGCGCAAGACGGUGCCCAAGGACGAGUCGACGGUGCGCAGCAUCGCCAUCGAGGACGCGCGCCUCUGA